AUGGAUGGGAAGAAACUGUACGAUCUUAACUACCUCAACGACAACGAGGCAAGUGCGCAGUCAGGCGUGCUCAUGGCAUAUUGGCAUCCCCCAUUCAAGAAGGACGCCUCAUCCCUCUGGAAACUUAUAGGGCACGCGAUAGGGCUUUGCCAAGACUUGCUACCACGUUCCUGCCAGUCACAGUCUCCAGAUGUGUCUUCGAAGAGUUCUUGCCCGUCAAUCUGGUAUCGAAUAUGGUGGGGUUGUGUAAUGUUCGAUGCUUGGGGUUGUGUCACGAUUGGCAGACGGCUGCGAGUAAAUCAGUCUCACAGCAAAAUCCCAAUGCCAUCCUCGGCUGAAAUCCUUCAGGAAUUGAAGCAAUUACCGUUACCAAUACAACAUCGAUACUUAUCUAGUCACAUCGACCGAUUGUCAAAUUACUACACCCACAACCUUCGUCUAGGAGAGGUUAUUGAAAAGUUUCUGAAUAAGGUGAACAUGGCAGACGACAAUAUUCCGACCAUCAACGAGAUCAAUUCCUGGGAAGACGAUCUAAAACAUGCCGAGGGGCUGACUCGUCAGAUGGUAUUAGAAGAUACCCAUUCUUCUGACAAAUGGGUCAAACUAGCAGCCUAUCACUAUCAGGUCUGCAGCGGAGGUGCGCUCAUUUGCAUUUUACGACCUCAUCUGUUUGGUGCUCCACGGGGCCUCGCGAAAUCAGACAUGCAGUCCUGGCAAUCCGAAACCCUUCGCAAAAUCACUGCUGCAUCAGCUCAGGUCACCAGUACCCUGGAAGCGCUGAUCAAUCUUCAAAUGCUGCAGUAUCGCCGACACUGGAUAUUGGCACCCCUCGUUGCCGUGACGCACUGUCACCUGAUCCAGAUGGUUUCCAAGCAACGCUUAGAGCGAGACCUCGCACGGAACAAGGUCGAAACGUGCAUCCUUGUCCUAAAGGAACUCGAGAAGACUAACUGGAUGGUCGAGGUCAAUUUCACGGUCAUGCGCUCCGCUCUGGACCAUGUUUUAGCCAUCGAGAAGAAGAGUUCUAGGCCCAAGGAGUUGCUGUUCAACGGGUCCGCAGAGAAUGACGCACAGCAACAAUCCAUAGAAGCAGAGAACUUCGUAUCGGAUGCAUAUUUUGGGGACUUGCCGGCUUCAUUCCCAACACACCUGGACGAGUUCAUAUCAAAUGGCUUUCUGGGCACUCUCCCACUGAAUGAUUGCGAUUUUUUAUGGCAUGAGCCGAUUUCUCCUACUUGUACAUAA